GUCCAAGAGUCACAGCCUGGACUCUUCUGACAGGUCGGACAUGCUGAAGCCGGGCGAGCCGAGCGGUUCUGCUUUCCUCAAAGUGGACCCGACCUACAUCCAGCACUGGCAGCAGCUCUUCCCCCAGAACAGCGCACUGAAAGCCGCUUCUCUGCCGCCUCCGGUGCCGCUGGAGAACCUCCGCCUGCAGAGACCCAGCCUGAUCUCCUCCUCCACCUCCUCCAGCUCCAGCUCCUCCACCGCGUCUCCCGCGGGUCAGAUCGCGCUGUUCGGACAGACUCUGAGCUCCGACGCCGGCGCAUCUUCUCAAGCCAAAGAACUUUGUUUGUCGUCCAACUUUAAGAAUGAUAAAGGAUCGCGGCUGAAGCUGAGCUCCGAGGAGCUGGACUAUUAUCUGUACGGACAGCAGCGGAUGGAGAUCAUCCCGCUCAACAACCACAACGGAGACCUCAACAACCGCUGUGACAUGUGUGCGGACAACCGUAACGGCGAGUGCCCCAUGCACGGACCCCUGCACUCGCUGCGGAGGCUGGUGGGGACCAGCAGCUCUUCGGUGGCCGUUCCUCCUCCAGAGGUCCCGGAGUGGCUGAGGGAUCUGCCCCGAGAGGUGUGUCUGUGCACCAGCACCGUCCCGGGUCUGGGAUACGGCAUCUGUGCGGCCCAGCGCAUCCCACAGGGCACCUGGAUCGGGCCCUUCCAGGGAAUCUCGCUGCCGCUGGAGAAGGUGCAGUCGGGAUCUGUGCGAAACACAAGACACUUAUGGGAGAUUUACGAUCAGGAGGGAACCUUACAGCACUUUAUUGACGGGAACGAGCCCAGUAAGUCGAGCUGGAUGAGGUACAUCCGCUGCGCCAGACACUGUGGAGAGCAGAACAUGAUGGUGGUGCAAUACAGGUCGUGUAUCUUCUACCGGGCAUGUGCAGAUAUCCCUCGAGGAACAGAGCUCCUGGUUUGGUACAACGACAGCUACACGUCUUUCUUCGGGAUCCCGCUGCAGUGCGUCGCACAAGACGAAAACUUGAACGUGCCGUCUACUGUCAUCGAGGCAAUGUCGCGUCACGACUCGCUCCAGCCCUUCAGCAAGAGUCCCAAACCCUCGUCUUCCUCGCUGCUCCUGCCGCGCUCCAUGGUCUUCCCUCAGUCGCCCUGCUCUCGGAGCUUCUCUCUGAUGGACAAGAGUCACGUCGAGUCCAGUCUAAGCCAGAUGAGCGGGAAGAACCAGCGUGUUCUGGCCAGCCCGACCUCCACCAGCCAGCUGAGCUCUGAGUUCAGUGACUGGCAUCUGUGGAAGUGCGGCCAGUGCUUCAAGACCUUCACGCAGAGGAUCCUGCUGCAGAUGCAUGUGUGCACACAGAACCCCGACAGGCCGUAUCAGUGCGGACAUUGCUCGCUGUCGUUCUCGCAGCCGUCCGAGCUGCGCAAUCACGUGGUCACACACUCCAGCGACCGGCCCUUCAAGUGCGGCUACUGCGGCCGAGCCUUCGCCGGAGCCACCACCCUCAACAACCACAUCCGCACACACACCGGGGAGAAGCCUUUCAAGUGCGAGCGGUGCGAGCGCAGCUUCACGCAGGCCACUCAGCUCAGCCGACACCAGCGGAUGCCCAACGAGUGCAAACCCAUCAGCGAGAGCAGCGAAUCAAUCGAGGUGGAUUAACUGAUUGACCGGCCGGAAUUAAACGGCAGGGAAAAUCAUGAUUAAAUGUCACGGACACUUAAGCAAAACCAAAGAUUUCCUAGGAGAAACUCUCAAUCACACCGGAAAACCAAAAGCAGUAAUAAAAUAAGUGAGAUGUUAAGAGAUAUCGAUCCUGGCACAGAUAGGGGGCGGGGCUAUCGGGGGCGGGGCUAUCAGGAGAUUAUUUAUUCAUGAGUUCCUGAAAUGAGUCUGUGUUUGGAAGAACAGAACAGAACAGAACAGCAAAAACUCACGUUCUUCAGCACUAUUUCUGUCCUGUUUUCCAGUACAAAUAUCAAAAUAUAACUUAAAUCAAGAUACAUUUACUGGAGAUGCAGAAUGACUUACGAUAUUAAGAUAUUAUUAACCAAAAUAAAAAAGAUUAGAAAUGCAAAAUGACAUGCGAUAUAUGUAGUCUGGUUUUUGAGAAAUUAAGAGCGUUUAUGCUUAAAACAACAACAACAACAAAAUAAUAAUCAUAAUCAUAAUAAUAAUAAUAAUAAAUCUACCAAUAAGGUCAGAAAAAUAAAUUUGUUUUAGCCCAUUAGUAUUUUUAAUUAACUAUUUUUUAUUUCAGUUAUUUUAAUUAAUUAUUUUAUUAUUUUGCAACUCACUUCAUUUUGGUCCUUUUCUCAAAAACAAGUAAUUUUGCAUUUCCAGUGAUUAACAAUAAUAAAAUAUUAACCCGUUUAAUCCCAAAUUUUUCCCAGACAUGAAAAUAUCCAAAUGACGUGUCAUUAGCAACCCUUUGCAAUUAUCAAUAAUUAUUUUUUGAACAUUUUUAUGGAAACGUGUGUGAAAAAAACCCUUGUACAACACUGAUAGGAACACUGAGAUAAAAGACUUUCUAAAAAAUACAACGUAUUUCAGAAUUGUUACUUUAUUGUAACACAUAUGAUCAAAUUGUUACAUUAGUGCUACCAGUAUUACAUCAAUAUUGUAACUUAUUUGUAACAUUUGAACUUUUAAUUCAGUGCAAUAUUUUGUCGUUGCAACAUUUUAGUGCAACAACUGCGACUGGAUUUAUAUGUAAACCUAAACUCACUGUUAUCCAGCGGUCACUAUUGAGACCAUCAGCAUGUUUACUCCUUCUGUGACCACACUCAACAAAACUGAAGAUAUGUGAAUUCAUAUAUUAAUACUAGACGCCUUAAAGAUAACAUGUACUGAAAAUCUGUGUCAUAUCUUUAUUAACAGCCUUUUGUUUCGGAGCUUUGAUGCAGUCCUCAUCUUCUCAAGCUGCUCACAGGAAAUAAACUGCUCUGGUCAUGUGACAAUCUGCACUAAUCAUGUGACACUGCACAUAUUUAAUUGAGACCUUUAUUUUUUCCAUAUUUAAUAUAUAGAUUUCACACAUUUCCAUAUAUAGAGCUUUAUAAAACAUUAUGAAAACAUUCUUUACGGUUCAGUGGGAUUAAAUGGGUUAAAAAGACACUAAGUAAUA